CAGCCCGUCGCCUGGCAACGGGGGACGCCGGCGAGGGAUGCUCGGCCAUGGCGGGUCCCGGCGCCGCCUCCGCCGCCUUCUGGGAGCACCUCCGCCGGCUGUGCCUGGACCAGUUUCCCUGCGGGAUCGGGAGCUGGAAUAAGUCCCGUUUCCCACCGAGGAAGGCUAAAGUUUCCUCCAUAUGGGCCUUGCCAGAGGCCAGAGCUUCCUCUCGCAAUGGGUUCCUGCCGCCAGAUGAGGAAAGUGUGGAAUCGCUCACCGACUACCUGAGAAGCCUCGGCUCUCCGUGGGCCCUGCCUGCUGACUGCAGCCCUGAGGACCAGCAGCUGAGGGAGCUGGCUGUGCAGUCUCCAAGGGACAUCCAGGACAGCCUAAUCUUCUCCUACUUCAAAUCGCUCAGGAUUGUGAACAAAAAUGUGACUGAAAUUGAUGCUGAUUUGUUAAAGUUCCCCAACCUGGAAGAGCUAAUCCUGAGCGCAAAUCACAUCAGCAAGAUCAACUCCAGUAACCUCCCUCCAACCCUAAAGGUCCUAGAACUUUGUGGCAACGAAGUGGAUGGUCUGAAGGACUUGUGUGCCCACCCGCCUCCUGAACUCCAGCAUCUCGGCCUCGGCCACAAUUGCCAGCUUGGUUCGUCUGAAGAACAGUAUCUCACAGACACUUACUGGCCGAAACUCGUCUCCCUCGACUUGAGCUACAACAAUUUCACCAACUUGCUGAGCCUCCUCUUGAAGCUUUUGACGAUGAAGAAGCUGCGGGUUCUGGUGCUACAGGGAAACCCACUCGCCCUGCUGCCUGGCUACAGGGGGUUCGUCAUCGACAGCCUGCCAAAACUCUGCACGCUUGAUGAUGUGAUCAUCACACCUGACGAGAGACACGACUUCUUAGACCUGUCUAGCACUCCAGAGCUCUUAAGGUGCUACACUAAAAUGGUCGUGGUCGUUGGCAAAGUCAGAGGUGUCCCUAAUCCUGUUGGCCCAGAGGAACCGGAGACUGGACCUGAGGCUCCAAUAAUCACCUACAGCUACUACGUGACGUAUGAAUUUCCCAAAGAUGAAAAAAUUGAGGAGAAAGAAACAGGCAAGGAUGUAUCAACAGCACCGGUAUCAACUACAUUGAAUGUUGAAAAUGCACAAGGAGGAGUGGAAGGAGGGGGAAGCAAUGAGCCCACACCUAUGGACUCUCCAAUCAAAUCUCCUACUGAUCCUGGAAAUGUUUAUUCCACCCCUCGAAAGCCCUGGGCUGAGGUCAUAGACUGUGACCACACGAAGGAGCAUGUCACCACAGAUAUGGUUGCUCUGAAGGCCUAUCUUCUUGCCGGAACCAGGGUGACAGUUGUGGAGGAAAAGGUUGUCUCGUGGCCCGUUGUUCUCACCCCAAAUGAAAGCCCAACCAAAAAAGGAAAAGAUAAGGGGAAGGGGAAGGGGAAAGGGAAGGAGAAGGAGAAGGAGAAGGAGAAGAAGGCAGAGAAAGGGAAAAAGGACAAAGGCAAAGAUGAGAAGGGAAAAGCAAAGGAUGCUGGAAAGGGUGGGAAGAAAAAGAAAUCCCCUUCUCCCGAGCUACGAAGUGACCCUCCCAUCGUGAAGAUCCUGGGCUCAGGCCAUGUCAAUCUGGAAAGCCUUCUGGCGGGAGAGCCUCUCGUGGAGACUGUGUGCGACUUUGGCAUCCUGAUAACGGAGUCAGCUGUCAAGCCCCCAUCUCCGAAAGAAAAGGAUAGUAAAAAGGGUGCAAAAAAGGACAAAAAGGGCAAAGCUGUGGCUGCCGAGAGCGCAGCGACAAAGAAGGCCACCCCACCUGUCAAAGGAAAGGGGAAAAAGAAGGACUCUCCAGACGGGGCAGAUACCCUUCAGAGCCAGCCAGUACCGCUGACGGUGGAAUUCCAAAUGCAUCAUGAGAAAUGGAAGUCAACUUCACAAAUCCUUUUAAAUUACAACAUGGCAGAGUAAUUGUUUUGCGGGGAGCACAGAUUGUGCUUUUUAAAAAGCUUCAGGGGUGAGGGAUGUCUACCUGCCGUGGGAAGCUGAGGUUGUAAAGGCAGGCAGUGGCAGCAAAGGUUAUGCCAGUGCAGGGAUGCCUUUAUAUCACACACCUGCAACUUUGGCCUGACCUCAGAAAUUUGACCACUCGGCUCAUCCAAGAUGCAGGGAGCAUCACUUUCCUGUGGAACACUGAAGACCUGGUGCCUUUGGGUGGGGGGCAGCGACACGGCAGAAUUGAUUUAUUUGCAAAUGUUCCGAGGUCCAGAUGCAGAACUGUCCAAAGGCAGAAUCGGCACAGGUUCCCCCUCCCUCAAAACGGUUCUGAAUAGACAAGAGUUCCCCAGCCUUUCUGCUUCCAAAAUCCAAGAUCAGCAUUAGUGGCUAAACCCUGCCCACCCCCUCCCCCCCCAAAUAGAGACAAAAUAUUUGAUGGGACCAUUGGCUUAAAGAAAAUGUACGAACAGUAUGUCGUCUGUCUUUGAUUUUCAGUUUAGCCUCUAAACUUUUGUAAGAAUCAAGGGAAUAAAAUCUUUAACCAUCUAUCAAC